AUGUGUUCAUUAAUAAAACAAUCACCUUUUUGCAAGUGAUAACACUUAAUUUUCACGUUUAAGUCACUUGUAUUAAUACUUUUUUAUUUCGAAGUUAUUAAGAAAUGGAUUCGUUUCGAAUUUCCUAUCUAGUUCUAACAAUCAUCAUCACUCCGAUCCUGCUAAAUGAUAGCGUAAUGGGACAACAAGACCCGUGCUAUUUCCAUCAAGAAAUCAACGAUACUACGAUGACACUUGGAUUUGUACUUGCACCAUCCGAUAGCGUCGUAUGUGACACCAUCAGCCCAGGAUGGACUAGAUUUAGUGGAUCGGAUGAAGGGUUAAUGGCAACGGAAUGUCCAUUAGGAAGAGAGUGCGGAACUGACCAGCAAGUCUGGAUGCAAGGUUCUAUUCCGAGCUAUUACGACGGAUUAACAGAGGUUGACAUUUGUAUACGAGGAAACGGCGAUUGCUGUGAUAGACAAAAUAGAAUGCAAGUGAAGAAUUGCAACAACUUUCUUGUUUACAACAUAUUCGCUGUACCUGCUUGCUCACGAUAUUGUUUUAACGAGUCUUCGGAAAUGCUGAUAACCGUUUCAACAUCGUCUUCGACCUCUACCACAUCGUCUACACCCACUAUACCAUCGUCCACAUCCAUUAAAACAACGUCUCAACCAACUUCAGUACUGUCAACAUCCAUUAAAACAACAACUUCUACAGCUACCAGAGUACCAACUACAUACCGUACAUCUACCUUAAAAAGUUCUGGAAAAGGUUGCAUUAGUGGUAGUGCAGUAGCGGGAAUGUUUAGUGUUACAUCCGCAUUAAUUGUAACAAUCUUCAAAUAGUUUCGGUGACAUUCGAAGUGAAUCGUUUUAACCUGUCACCAUUUCUGUACAUCUAAGUUCACGCUGCACAAACUAAAGUAGGUUUGAGUGAUGAUCUGCAAUAAAUUAAGGGAAAUCAAAUAAUAUUGACCCCAAUGAUUUACUGGCUAUCAGCAGAGUCGAACAUGUUUCCGUGAUAUAUGACACUGAUAAGAUUGUUUGCAAUAACCUCGCUUAAUCUUUCAAAACUAUAUGAAUUAUUACACUUUUUGUUUACUCUUUAGGCAAUUGGUUACAAUUCUUUCUUUGGCUCAUGGAUCUCUUCCCGAUAUUGGUCAUUAUGUUUUAAUAUGAAUAAUCUACAUUAUAACACAUCUUGUUUUGUUUACGUCUUAUUUAUUUUAUUUUGUCGAGUUUGGGAUUGUAAUUGUAUUAAAAGAUAUAGUAAUGAAUGGCUAAUGAGAGCUAAUUUGACUUACAAAGAGGCGGAAAUUCUUGCGGUAAGAAAUGGAUUUGAUCUGCAACAACAGAUUACUGAUGAGUUAUUUCUGCUCACACGGAAGGAUACCCCAAAGUCUUCUUCAAAGAAAAUGCCGCAUACAUUAAAAAAUGUUGGUUUUAGUGAUCGGGUUUAUUUCAUGGAGCAACAAACUUGGAAAAAUGUGAGUCUUAGACAAUUCACAGUUACGGAUCCACUAUGGAACCAAAUGUGGUAUAUAAACAGAAAUUCAAACAUUUCGUUAAGAAUACUGGAAGCAUGGGAGUCCAAUUUUACUGGAAAAGGUGUUAAUAUAGCAGUUGUGGAUAACGGCGUUGAAUAUACACACAACGACUUUAAACAUAGAUAUAAUUCUGAGUAUAGCAGAGAUGUUUAUGAUCAGGAUAAUGAUCCCAGCCCUGUAUCUGGAGAUACACAUGGGACAAACUGUGCCGGCAUUGCAGUUGCUACAAGAAAUACAGUAUGUGUGAUUGGCAUCGCAUAUCAAGCACAGCUUGUUGCUGUACGAAUGAUCGGUCCAUUUGGAGUAACAGACGCUGGCAAAGCUGGUGCUCUUGCAAAUAAAGGUGCGCAUGUGUCUUCAAAUAGUUGGGGAGGUAUAGAAAAUACAUUUGAUGGUCCUUCAACAAAUGUCGAAUCUGCUUUGAAGCAUGGAGCAACGAAGCUUCGCAAUGGGAAGGGUGUUAUUUAUGUAUUUUCUGCUGGAAAUGGUGGAUUUGAUGAUAACUGCAAUAUGGAUGGUUACAUAAACAAUAUUUAUACUAUUGGUAUCAAUGCUGUUUCAAGAGACCUCAAACCACCAGGGUAUGCUGAGCCAUGCACAGCUGUGCUUGCCAGUACUUUCAGUGGACCCGGAGCUGGCACAGCGGAUAACGCGUGUUCGACUGAUGUUGGAGGAGCAUGUACAACAACAUUUUCCGGGACGUCAGCAGCAACUGCAGUGGCUGCUGGGAUACUGGCUUUGGUACUUGAGGCAAACCCAGAUUUGUCGUGGAGAGAUGUGCAAGAGCUUAUAAUUGUUACCUCAAAGAGCAAAGGAUUGUUGAAUGGAAAUUUUAAAACAAAUGGGAUAGGAAGACAAGUGAGCGACUGGUUCGGUUAUGGUUUGCUGGACACACAGGCUUUGAUUGAAGCAGCUCAAAACUGGACGUGUCUUCAGGCGCAGCAUACAUGUAGGACUGGUGACAUUAAUGUCAAUGGACAGAUAUUAGCACAGACUAACCCACGACAAGUCGAUAGCACUGUAACAAUAGACGGUUGUAAUAAUACAGUCGACUGUGUGAGCCGGAUAGAACACGUUCAAGUCACUGUCACGUAUGAUUAUUCACUGAGAGGCGCUGUGAUGUUGUAUCUUGACUCACCAAUGGGAACGCGGAGUGAAUUGCUCACAAGACGGAAUUCUGAUUCUGCAAAGAAUUCAAGGCAUGUAUGGACUUUGAUGUCGGUGCAACACUGGGGAGAGGACCCGGUAGGAACAUGGAAACUCACAAUGUCACUGCAAUAUGAUUGGAUAGAACAUGGAACGUUAGUCAGUUGGAAUCUAAUUAUACACGGAACCGGAAAUGACUGUAGUCCCGAGGAAACUAUCACAGAUUGUCCCAGUUUUAAUAAUAUAUCCGAUUCUGAAGUUACAGACAAAACAAACAAGAUCGCGCAUUGCUGUGUACCCAUACCUUGGCCUGCAAUAGUCGGAGGAGUAACCGGGGUUGUUGCAAUAACAAUAUUUAUUUUACUUAUUGUGCUUUAUAGGAAGAACAUGAAUACUAAAAUAAAUACAGUAAAUGAUAUUGAAAAACCUGUAAAUUCUUAAGAUAAUAAUGAUUCAAACUCCAGAAGUACUGUCUGUAAUGAGAAGUGAUAAAGAACAAUCCACUUCGGAAUUCAUGGUUUACUAUGAUAUGGUAUGAUUAUGCGUUGAACAGCUCGGAUGAGGAACAGACACUGGUCUAAGCAAACAUAUAUAAAGAGUCAUUUAAAACCCUUAAAUGUAUGGACUCUAUCAUCAAUAUCUGUAAAUCGUUGCCUCGGUGCAUACUUAUAAAAAAUUAUUUACUACUACAAUGGUUUGGUAAUUAAAUAGGAAUUUUUUUCUAGCAUUAAGCAUAAUAAAAGUAUUAAAUAGAAAACGUAACAAUUAUAUUGAUGGAUAAAUACAUUGAUAUGUUGAACUUAUUCACCAUUAGUGAUUUAUACAAGUAUCGAAUGUGCAUAGUACUUAUGUUUCGGACAAAUUGUUAAAAUGCUUAUUAGAUUUACAUUUAACCAAAGAGCUAUGCCCUGUUAUCAGUUUGAAGAAACAUAUCUUUAAUUCAAGAGGGUAACAUUUACUUACACUACCCUGUGACUUUAGAAGUACACCGCUAACCGGUAUUAACUCUCCAGUGGUGUUUUUGCCUUUUACCAUUCGGAGGCGGUACCCCAGUGUUUACGUAUAUGUGUGUUUUAUCAUCAUUGCUUAUACGUUUACUUUGUGUAUACAUGUUUUUGUGUGUAUAUUUGAAUGAUAUUUACACCCAUACAUACCCGUUAAAGUGUUUAAGUUUACUCCAUCCUGUAACUUUGGAACAUGGUGGGGUAAGAGUAAGGUUAUUUGCACUACAAACCGGUUUAAGCUCCCGUGGUGGCGUUCCAAGCCGGUGUCUCACUGUAUUCCUAUAUUUGAAGGUUUUUUUUCUGGAACAUGUGAGAACAUUAUGGAGGGCCCAUUGAUCGAAAUACUGAAAAGUCGGCGCCAAAAUCAGCACAAAUUAUUCCACAGGAAUGACAAAUUUAAUAGCUCCACAGAGCAAAACAAAUGAGAACUAUUCGAUUCCGCCAUUAUACAAUACCAUUAUAUUCGCGCCAGUUUCAUAUUUAGUGUCUACAUGUAUACCUAAUAAAGAGAAAAUGGGUCUGCUAUACUGCUUAUUCUUUGCAUAAUGAUGUUUCCUAUGAAGGCUUGAAGUUCCCAUGGCUUUCCUUUGUUCAGAAUACUUUAAAUGAUCUAGGGUUAAGUGUGUACUUUGGUUUUCAACUUUUCACUAUAGUGUUAAUGGUUUAGAACAGAUUAUCCGACCAAUUUAUUCAAAUUGGUAUAGUAUUGUUUCAAAUUCACCAAACUGUCAAAUAUAUAAAGCCUACAAAAAAGAUUUUGUGUUUGAAAAUUAUACUGAUAUACUACGGUAACCUAAGAAUCUUUCAUUGUAUUUGCUUAAAUUUAAAAUAAUGGAUCACAAAUUCCCUACUGAAGUAGGUCGUAGCCAAAAUAUUGAAAGAUUUCGCCGAACAUGUCACUUGUGUAAUAGUAAUCGUUUAGGUGAUGAAUUCCAUUACUUAUUUGAAUGUCAACAUUUUUCAGAUGAUGGAAAGAAAAUAUUAAAUUGUACUUUUGUCGUAACUCUAAUUGUAUUAAGUAAUAUCAAUUAAUGAAAAGAACUUGUUAAAUUGGCUAUAUUUUGUAAGACUCUUUGAUCUAAUGUCAAAUAGUCAAUCUCCUUUAAAAUAAAACAGCCUUUUUGUCUCAGUAAUUUCUAUUAUAUUAAACUGUAAAUUUGUUUGCUUAUAUACAUGUCUAUAGUUACUUGUUUGUUAUUUUGUUAUUGUUCUGAUCACAUGGUUGUAAUAACCCAUGAUCUAAAUAAAUCUUGAAAUC